GGAGUAAAUCGCUGAUUUUGCCAAAACUCACAAGGUCAAAAUGGUGACUGGCUUGUUCAUAGCGACUUGCUUCACACCACAAAAAGAAGCAUUGCUAGAUCUGCGCAAGGACUUGCGCAUCAAAGAUGGGCUCUUUACCUUCAAAGACUGCCCGUUUGGACCAGCAUGGAUGUCUGCACAGAAGCUUUCAUCGUCUUGUCAUCUUGGCAAAUUUAAUUGCGAAGCCGAAAGCGGAAAAGAAUGCACAUUUUAUUUUGCCGCUCAACCUCAAGUUUUGACACGUGCAACUUCGAACGUAUUGCUACACCGCAGCUUUUCACAAACAAUGGCUUCCAAGAAAGAACGUUGGGAAACUUUGGCAAAACAUGACAAAUAAGCUGGGGGAAUACACCAGUCAAACCAACUCUUGGGGAGCAUGGGAACACUGCUUGUGACGAACCAGUGGCACUAAGACUAAGAAAGACCCUGGCAAGUUCCAUUGCAAACUGCACAAUGUAAGACAAUGUCACUAUGUAUGAGUUUUCGAGCAGCGUAUGCCCCCCGGCUUCCUGACUCCAUAGAAUGGGGCAAGAACAUUUGGCCAAAUCUCCUCUCAUACCAGGACAACAAAGAUGUAGAGCUGGGACAUGCAUCUCACCCUGCAACUGUGUGCAUGAAGCAAGUGCGGCAAGGAUUGCCA